UUCAUAAUUCAUAUCCAAAAUUCCCCUGUUUUUUUCCCCAUUUAGCUUCCUCAAUCGUCAUCACCUCCACAUCUCACUCUCUGACUUCAUCACAUAUAUUAUAUACAUACAUAUAUAUAUAAUACACACUUGCAUCUUGAAUUUCAACCUGUCCUUUUCCCUUUCUUCCUCCACAUGUAUACAACAAUCAAACAAACCCCAGUUGACCCAUCACCCUUCACCUCCAUAUUCCCCAAAAAGAUCUCAACUUUAUUCAAGAUUCAUGCUCUUUACAGCUUCUUAACACUCAAAUCCAUUCUGGGUCAUCCCCAAUUUUAACACCCACCGUUCUUGAUCAAUUUCUUUCAUGGGUUCCAGUUGUUUUCACCAAUUGGUUACAGGGGUGACUCCGAUGACUUAUAUUCGAACCGGGUUCUCUGAUUCAACCGAUAUUAUAAGCGAAAGUAGUGGCAUUGAACCCCCUCUUCUUCCAUCAGAUGUUUCUGCACUCAGUAAACUAUCUGAAACCCUAGAAUCAAUCUUGUUAGAACCGGAUAGCUCAUUUGCAGAUGCUAAAAUUGUUGUUUCGGGUGGCCGGGAGAUCCCGGUUCACCGGUGUAUAUUAUCGAAAAGGAGCCUCUUUUUUAAGAAUAAGUUUUGCGAGAAGAAUUGUAAUGUGAAGUUGGAGAUGAAGGAAUUGGCUAGUGAGUGUGAAAUCGGGUUCGAUUCGGUUAUGUUUGUGUUGAAUUAUUUAUAUAGUGGGAAGAUUAAGGGUUUGCCUAAAGAUGUUUGUGUUUGUGUUGAUGAUGAGUGUUUACAUGAAGCGUGUCGGCCCGCGGUUGAUUUUAUGGUGGAGGUUGUGUAUGCUUUUCAUGUUUUUCAGAUUGCAGAAAUGGUUGCCCUUUGGCAGAGGCGCUUGCUAGACGUUCUUGAUAAGGCAUCAGUAGACGACAUUCUAGUGGUUCUAUCAAUCGCAAACACAUGUGGGAAAUCAUGCGAGGAACUUUAUUCUAAAUGCAUUGACAUUUUAGUCAAAUCCGACGUUGACUUUGUAACACUCGAUAAAGCUUUGCCAGAGCAAAUAGUCAAACAAAUUAUCGAUUCCCGAUUCGACCUCGGUUUGGACAAGCCUGGGAGCGAUAGUUUUCCCAACAAACACAUAAAACGGGUCCACCGGGCCCUCGAUUCUGAUGACGUUGAAUUAGUCACAAUGUUAUUACGAGAAGGUCAUACUUCAUUAGACGGUUCUUGCGCUCUUCAUUACGCUGUUGCGUACGCAGAUGCUAAAACGACAACCGAAUUACUCGAUUUAGCACUUGCUGACGUAAAUCAUAAAAACUCGAGGGGUUUUACCGUACUUCAUGUUGCCGCUAUGAGAAAAGAGCCGAGUAUCAUCGUUUCGCUUCUUACGAAAGGGGCCCGACCCUCGGAUCUCACCCCUGAUGGGAGAAAAGCGCUACAGAUUUCGAAGAGGUUGACCAGAGCGGUUGACUAUUACAAGUCAAACGAGGAUGAUAAAGAGUCAACGAAAGGUCGUUUGUGUAUUGAGAUAUUGGAACAAGCCGAAAGAAGAAAUCCAUUGUUAGGUGAAGCUUCGGCUUCUCUUGCAAUGGCCGGAGAUGAUUUGCGUGGAAAGUUGUUGUAUCUUGAAAAUAGAGUUGCGCUGGCUAGUCUUUUAUUUCCGAUGGAAGCUAAGGUUGCAAUGGAGAUCGCUCAAGUUGAAGGGACGUCUGAAUUCACAUUAGAAAGUGUAUACUCCCAGAAUUUGGCUAAUGCACAAAGAACCGUUGAUUUAAACGAUGCACCUUUCUUGAUCAAAGAGGAGCAUCUGGCUAGGUUAAAAGCACUCUCUAAAACAGUGGAACUCGGGAAACGGUUUUUCCCUCGAUGUUCAGAAGUACUAAACAAGAUAAUCGACUCAGAAAGGCAUGAUGAGAAAAACACUCCGGAAGAGCGAGAAUCAAAGAAGCAAAAGUACUUGCAAGCUCAAGAAACCCUAAACAAAGCUUUCAAUGAAGACAAAGAAGAAUUCGAAAAAUCAUACGCCCUCUCUUCGUCGUCGUCGUCAACAUCCGGUGUUGUGAAUCCACAAACUGUUCCAUUUACUUUCCAAAAAUAGUAACCUAUUUAUGAUACACAUGCAAUAUUGUAUAUUGUAGUCACAAGUUAUAGUUCUAUUCUUGUUUUUUUUUUUUUUUUUUUUUUUUUUUUUUUUUUUGUUACUUCUGUUGUAACAUAGGACAUGAGAAUAUGUGAAAACUUGUGCUUUUUAUUUG